GAUGACCGGUAAGGGGAUCUUAACCCUUGACUUGGUGUUGUCAGCACCACGCUCCCCCAGCAGAUCCACAGACCAGCAUGGCUGCCACUGCUGCCGUCAGUCCCAGUGACUACCUGCAGCCCGCUGCCUCCACCACCCAGGACUCCCAGCCAUCUCCCUUAGCCCUGCUUGCUGCAACAUGUAGUAAAAUUGGUCCCCCAGCUGUUGAAGCUGCUGUGACACCUCCUGCUCCCCCCCAGCCCACACCACGGAAACUCGUCCCUAUCAAACCUGCCCCUCUCCCUCUCAGUCCCAGCAAGAAUAGCUUUGGAAUCUUGUCCUCCAAAGGAAAUAUCCUUCAGAUUCAGGGGUCGCAACUGAGCACCUCCUAUCCUGGAGGGCAGCUAGUGUUCGCUAUCCAGAAUCCCACCAUGAUCAACAAAGGGACCCGAUCAAAUGCCAACAUCCAGUACCAGGCAGUCCCUCAGAUUCAGGCGAGCAGUUCCCAGACCAUCCAAGUGCAGCCCAAUCUCACCAACCAGAUCCAGAUCAUCCCUGGCACCAACCAAGCCAUCAUCACCCCCUCACCGUCCAGUCACAAGCCUGUCCCCAUCAAGCCAGCUCCCGUCCAAAAGUCAAGCACAACCACUACCCCUGUGCAGAGUGGGGCCAAUGUGGUGAAGCUGACAGGUGGGGGCGGCAACGUCACGCUCACUCUGCCUGUCAACAACCUGGUGAAUGCCAGCGACGCCGGAGCCCCCACUCAGCUCCUCACUGAAAGCCCCCUGACCCCACUGUCUAAGACUAACAAGAAAGUGAGGAAGAAGAGCCUGCCUGCCUCCCAGCCCUCUGUGGCUGUGGCUGAGCAGGUGGAGACGGUGCUGAUUGAGACCACUGCAGACAACAUCAUCCAGGCAGGAAACAACCUGCUCAUUGUUCAGAGUCCUGGCGCAGGCCAACCAGCUGUGGUCCAGCAGGUGCAGGUGGUGCCCCCCAAGGCCGAGCAGCAGCAGGUGGUGCAGAUCCCCCAGCAGGCUCUGCGGGUGGUGCAAGCAGCAUCCGCCACCCUCCCCACCGUCCCCCAGAAGCCCUCCCAGAACUUUCAAAUCCAGGCGGCUGAGACGACGCCAAUCAGCUCACUCCUGGAGACGCUCCCACCCGCCUCAUUCCCCUGGGACCACCGAGUCCUCCUGACCCUCAGUGCUUCCGAUGUAUCAGUAACUUCCCCAGACCCCCUGCUCCAGGCCUCCCUGCUGCGUACGCAUUAG